AUGAACAAACAAUGUUAAUUAUCUAAGGUAGAUAACCUGACAUUUCUUUAACACAGUUAUCUAUCUUUAUGCCAACCUGUCGACAUACCUUGAGGUGAACAAUCAGACGAAAGCAUGGGAAAGAAAAGACAGCAGCAGAGGAACACAGAAACCGACAAAUCUGCUCAACACAAAGUUGACAAAAGUAAAAAGACCUACUCUUUACCAACAGCUAAAUUAGAUGAUAGUGACCAAGAGUUAAAGAUAAGAAUACCACAAGAUUUGGAAAAGGAGAUUGUUGAUGUGAUUCAGGAUGAUUAUAAAGAGCUGAAAAUUACAAAAGACCAGUCCAACAGACUGACAACCAAAAAACUCCAUGACAUAUACACCAGUCUAGCUGGAGCAGGAUUUAGUCAUUCACAGAUAGAACAGACAAUGAGCAAUACAGUAUUACAUGGAGGAGAUCUUAUUGAUGCAUUAGAUUGGCUUUGUUUGAAUUUAGCUAACAAUCAGUUGCCUCAAGGGUUUUCUGACACACUAGAAAAAGAAGAAGUCAAGAACAGACCAAAGUUUGAUGACCAGCUUAUAGAACAGAAGAAGCUGCUUCCAGCAUCAACUUCAAAAAGGAUAACUGCAGAAAAAUCAAGUACAGAUGAAAAACCACAUAAAUCAGUCAAAUCAUCUACAAUGAAGGAUUGGAUUUUACAGUAUACUGAGAAUAGCUCUGAUGAUAGUCAAUCUGAUGAAGAAUAUGAUCCAAACGAAAAGUAUCUUGAGCUAACAGCAAAGCUAUUAGAUGCCAGAGAAGAGGCAGUGCAAGCUAAACUAGAGGGAGCCAAAUCUAGACAGAAGGAAAUAUCAAAUAAUAUUAGAAAACUUGUUCAAGAAAUGAAUGCCAUAGAGGAAGAUAGCAGAUUUAACCCAGCUGUAAAAAUAAAAGACCUAGAAAAAGAAAAGGUUAAUGAAUUGGGUGAGCAAGGUCCGACAUCAACAGUAAUUCAGCCACAUGACAUACCAUCUUUAUCAUGUGAUCAAGGACUUGCAUCAUCAGUUAGUCAUGACAUGCCAUCUGUACCAUGUGAUCAAGGUGGAUCACAGCCAGAUGAACAAGAGGAGUCAGAAGACUUUGGAGAUGCAUUUACUAUGUUUGAAAAUCAAGCUGCGGAAGAACAGCCAACAGAACCUAAGAUAGAUUUGAGCCAAUUAGAUAUCAGACAAUUUGAGUACACACGACAACAGUGGACUGGUAAAUCUCCCAAACAGUUUCUAAUAGAUUGGUGUCGAAAACAUAAAGUGGAUUCUCCAAAAUAUCAUAAAAUGAACCCCGUCAGAAAUCUGUGGAAAUGCAGAGUGACAAUAGGAAGAAAGAAAGAAGAAAAUAUUGAAGCUUGUCCUGAAAUUCUAUGUGAAAAUGUGAAAGAAGCAGAGCAUUUGGGAUGCACUCUGGCAUUAUAUCACCUAUGUAAGGGACAGGCUGUACAUCAGUUAUUGCCUCCACCUUACAGAGAUGUUUGGUUAGAAUGGCAGGAUUCAGAGAAAGCCAAGGCAAAGGAAGCUCAGACAACAGAAAAUAAGCCAAGAGAUCAGCUUAUAACUAAGUUAAUGAAGAAAUUACAGCUGGGCAGCAAAAAUAGUGAAAACCAGACUACAGAGGGAACAAAGGAGAAUGAUGACACUGUUGACUCUUGGGAAAACUUGGAAGAAGAGACAGAAAUAGUUAAGGUACAUGAAGCUUCCAUGUCAAGGUCAAAGAAGCAGAGGUCAACUAUGGACAGUACAGCCUUAAUGGAUUUGUGUAAAAGGCGUCAACAGACUGACAGAUAUAGAUCUCUUCAUCAGACACGACAGAAUUUACCUGUUUAUCAUUACCGUGAAUCCAUUGUUGAUCAGAUUAGACGCAGUGGUGUCACUGUUAUAGCUGGGGAAACAGGAAGUGGAAAAAGUACACAGAUUCCUCAAUUUCUGUUGGAGAGAUACAUAACUGAGGGAAAUGGAGCCCAUUGUAAUAUAGUAUGUACUGAACCCAGGAGAAUAUCAGCCAUUAGUCUGGCCCAAAGAGUGUCGGAGGAGAUGGCAGAAUCAGGACUAGGUCAGCGAGACUCUUUAGUAGGGUACCAGAUUAGAUUUGAAUCAAAAUGUGGUCCUAAUACCAGAUUGAAUUACUGUACAACUGGUGUCCUGCUGAGGAAACUACAGAGUGACACAACCCUGAGUAAUGUCACUCAUGUCAUUGUUGAUGAGGUACACGAGAGAAGCGUGCAGUCAGAUUUCCUUCUAGUUAUAUUAAAAAGGUUAAUGCUAAAGAGACCAGAUUUGAAAGUUAUCUUGAUGAGUGCCACAUUAGACAGUGAGAAAUUCUCAGGAUAUUUCCAACAUUGUCCAGUUAUAAAUAUUCCAGGAAGGACUUUCCCUGUACAGGUGUUUUAUAUGGAAGAUGUAGUUAACAAGACAGGAUAUGCAGUGGAGGAAGAUUCACCUUACUCUCUCAGAUCUGAUCAACUUGUCAAGGAAGAGCAAGCCAGUUUGUUAGUAACAGAAAAAGGAGGAGACCAGUCAAAAGUUGAUGUAUUCUGGACAAAAGAUAGUAUCUCAAAGUUGGAUCUGACAACUCUGUCUCCAGAAAAGUACAGUCUAAAGACCAGAAAUACAAUCACUCGAAUGAACCAAAACAGAAUAAAUUUCGAUCUCAUUGUUGAGACGCUAACGUACAUAAGUAAUUCUGAAGAAUUUAGUACAGUAGAUGGAGCAGUAUUAAUAUUCCUUCCUGGUUUAGCUGAUAUUCAGGAAGUGUAUGAACUUCUACAAUCUGAUAGGAAAUUCUCUGAUACAAAAAGGUACCAGAUACUAGCUUUGCAUUCUGUAUUGUCUUCAUCAGACCAGAGUUUAGCAUUUAAAGUGCCUCCAGCUGGUGUCAGGAAGAUUGUCAUAUCAACCAAUAUAGCAGAAACAGGGAUCACCAUUCCAGAUGUUGUGUUUGUUAUUGACACUGGAAAGGUUAAGGAGACGAGAUACAUCGAGUCAAGUCAGAUGAGUUCCCUGAAGGAAGUGUUUAUCAGUAAAGCAAAUGGUAAACAAAGACAAGGUAGAGCUGGACGUGUUAGAGAGGGGUUCUGCUUCAGAUUAUAUACCCAUCAGAAGUACAAAGAUUUAGCAGAUUACACAGUGCCAGAGAUACAGAGAGUACCUUUAGAGGAACUGUGUUUACAUAUCAUGAAAUGUCAGCUUGGUGAUCCAGACAGUUUUCUAGCAGAAUGUUUAGACCCACCUAGACCCCAGGUGAUUGCAAGAGCCAUGAGUUUACUGUAUGAGAUAGGUGCUUGCAAGGGUGUGGCCAGUCUGACUCCACUAGGACAUCAUUUGGCAGCAUUACCAGUACAUGUCAGAAUAGGAAAAAUGUUACUGUUUGGUGCCAUCUUUGGAUACAUUGAACCAGUUGCUGUAAUUGCUGCUGCCAUGACAACCAAAAGUCCUUUUGUGGCGCCAUUAGAUAAACUAGACUUGGCAAACCUAGCCAAGAAUUCCAUGGCAUGUUCCUGUUCUGACCACCUUACUCUUUACAGAGCUUAUACAGGAUGGAAACAAGCUCAGAAAAUUGGUUAUCAGUCUGAGCAGCAGUAUUGUCAAAAAAAUUUCCUGAAAAGGAAUACAUUACUGGAAAUAGAGAAUGUUAAAAACGACCUUAUAAAGUUAGUAAGAUCUAUUGGCUUCAGUGACACCAUACAGACAAUCCAACAACCCAAACCAAAAUAUGGAGAUGUGUUGGAUAUCAGUAAAGCUGCUGUUGCAAUGGAAACAGAUUUAACCAACCCCAUGAUUGCAAUGGUAAAAGCUGUUAUCACAGCUGGCUUGUAUCCAAGUGUUGCCAAGGUAACAUAUGAUGCCCCUGUUGAUGCAGCUGCUAACCCUCGAAAGGUUCCCUGUUUAGGAGAGACAGCACAAGGACCAGCACAUGUACAUCCUUCGUCUGUAAAUAGACAUCUGACAGCAAAUGGUUGGAUUGCAUACCAAGAAAAGGUAACGACAUCUAAAGUAUAUUUAAGAGAGACGACACUUGUUUCACCUUUCUCACUCCUGUUGUUUGGUGGAGAUAUACAUGUUCAACACACAGCUCAACUUGUUACAGUGGAUGACAGGAUUAAGUUUAGAACAUAUGCUAAAACUGGUGUGAUCUUCAGAGAACUCAGAAAAUUACUAGACGAGUUGUUAGACAAAAAGUUGGAGACCCCAACAUUAAAUUUGCUAGGUGAUAGAGUGAUUAAGUUGAUAUGCAGAUUAAUAGACUGUGAAAAAUGAAGAACAAAAGCAGUUUAUAAGAAGAAAUGUGCAGAUUAAUAGAUUGUGAAAAAAAGAGAUCAAAAGCAGUUUAUAAGAAGAAGAAAUGUGCAGAUUAAUAACUUGUGAAAAAUAGAGACCAAAGAGCAGUUAAUAAGAAGAAGAAAUGUGCAGAUUAAUAGAUUGUGAAAAAUAGAGACCAAAAGCAGUUAAUAAAUGGAAGAAGAAAUUGGUUUGUUGAAAAUAAACCGCCAAGACAGGACUUCAUAACAGAACAGUUCCAAGAAGAGUGUCAUCAGGAAGUAUAGCCAUCUGUAAAUGUGGAUGUAUUAUAUCAAGGUUAAAAAUAGUUUAGUUAGCAUUAAAGAUGUAUAUAAACUGAUGAAAAAAAAUGUAAACAGCCAUGAUAUGUGAUAGAUGAGAGUUUUUCUUUAUAUAAACCAUAAUGUACUGAUGUUUUGAUAGAUAAUUUGUGUAUAAAAUAGCUAUGUGCCUUUUCUUUUCAAUUUCAUUUUUGUAAAAAAAAAAAUCAUGUUGCACAAAAAAUUAUUAAUCCUUUCACCAAUAGCCGCCCUGACAGAAGUUACUCUGAGACGAUGGCUUCCGUGGCUAUUGUAACACAAGUGGGAGAACUUCAUUUUAAAUAUAAAAAAAUCUUAUCUGUAGUUAUUUAUGUCUUUAUUUUAUUCACUUACACCAUGGACACCGUUUUGUUUAUCAAAUCUGCUAAUUUUCGGCACUGAAGCACAUAAAACUCAUGAAAUUCGUCUUUUCAACCCACAAUCCUAAAUUUAAAUUUUAACCUUCAAGUUUACAAUUUAACGAUGUUGUAAAAGUUCCUUUCAUUCCAAGUGUUUCUGUACACAAAUGGCAUUUUAUGUCAAAACAGUAUACUUGUCUGAUUUCAAUUCUUCCAGCUUCUUUAAAAAAAAAGUUCACUUAAUUUCAAAUUCCAGUAAAAUCAGUAAAUUUAGGUUGAUUUUGACACGGUUUUAUACAAAUGGAAGCACCAUGAUUACACUUUCAUCCGGGUAACUAUAAAAAGAAAGAUAACUUGAGUUAGUAAUGUUUUUAAGCAGGAAAUAUAGAAUAGGUAUGCCGAUCCCAGUAAACCAGGACUAAUUGUCAGCUUCUGAAGGGUGAAUCGUGGUAAACCGGGGUUUUUUUCGGCGAAAGUGUUAAUAUUGUCAUAAUUUUAAUGUCCCAUCAUUUACUCUAGAGUAAAUAACUUUUACAUUAGAAGGCAUUGAUGGCAUGGUUUGUAUACUGUUGUAUAAUCUACAUGAUAAUCAUUAAUAGUGCUAAAAAUUGGGGGGCAAUGGUCUAUUGUUUACUUAAGGCACAGAUGUAAAUUGCUAUCUUUAAAGCAUAAAUGGUAGAAUAACUUACAGUUGCUCGUCUCUAAUUAAAAAAAAACCAUAUAAAUUUGAAAAGAAUUUGCCUCCAUUUUUUUCAAAGUUGCACAAAAAGUCUUUAGAUGAAUUGAUGUUUAAGGUCGAUAAAUGGAAAAGAGGUAUUCAGCUUUCAUGUAUUAAAAUGUUUCUAAUAAAAGUUAUAUCUG